AUGCCAACGGCAGAUAUGCUAGUAGAUAGAGCUGCUCAUAAUCAAAUGCUAUCUUUCAUGGAUGGCAAUGCAGGAUAUAAUCAGAUUAUGGUGGCAGAAGAAGACAUCCAUAAGACAGCCUUCAUGUGUCCAGGACAUAUAGGUGCUUUUGAAUACACUGCAAUGCCCUUUGGCUUGAGAAAUGCAGGAGCCACUUAUCAAAGAGCCAUGAAUUCUAUUUUCCAUGACAUGAUAGGACAUUCUCUAGAAGUAUAUGUAGAUGAUGUGGUGAUUAAGUCCCCAGAAGAAGGAGAUCAUGUAUCAAAUCUGAAAAAGGCAUUCCUAAGAAUGAGACAACACAAGUUGAAAAUGAAUCACAAAAAAUGUGUUUGUGGAGUUCAAGCAGGAAAUUUCUUAGGGUUCUUGGUCCAUCAAAGAGGCAUAGAGAUUGAUAAAAAUAAGGCAAAAUUCAUCAUAGAAGCCCUACCACCUCGAAACAAGAAAGAAUUGCAGAGUCUCCUAGGAAAGAUCAACUUUCUAAGAAGAUUCAUAUCCAAUUCUGUAGGAAAAAUCCAGCAUUUCUCCUCCUUGUUAAGGUUGAAGCAGGAACAAACAUUUAAGUGGGAGGAACAGCACCAGCAGGCUUUUAAGGAAAUCAAACACUACCUCUCAAAUCCACCAGUUCUAUCCCCACCAAAGAGAGGCAGAACACUCAAAUCAUAUGUUUUUGCAUCAGAAGUGUCCAUUGGGAGUUUGCUAGUUCAAGAUAACAAGGAAAGGAAGAAACAUGUAGUCUAUUAUCUAAUCAGAACUCUGAUAGAAGUAGAAAGGAAAUAUUCUGCAAUUGCAAGACUUUGUCUAGCCUUAUACUUCACUGCUGUGAAACUCAGACACUACAUGUUGCCAUUCACCAUCUACAUGAUUGCCAAGACAUACCUAAGCAAAUACAGGUUAACAAGGCACAAGCUGUAG